UAACGGAUAGUAAGUAAGCAGUGCUAAAGCAGAGCAAUGACUCUCCGCUGGUCAGUCGGUCCUUGUUGAGUGCAGGCGGCACAUUGGUUAAUAACAACAGCUUGUGGAAGAAGAAAUUAUGACUGAACCGUUUUCGCAAGGAUAAGACCUGUUAUCCGUAGAAAAACCUAGAAUUGACACCGAAAGGUGGAUUGGAGAGGCAAACAACCGUUAAACACCGAACUCUAAAGCGUCCUGAGAAAUUGAUUGUGUAGGAGCUUCGCCUUGAACGCCGCUGAAUGCUCUAUCAUCAAUCUCUCCAGGCGUUUGGCACCAAUAAAUCUGCCAGCUAUAGGACAGUUACACGAAACAAACGGCUUGGGUUACUUAGACAACCUUUUAUGAGCGGUGAGCACCUAUAUCACUGUAGCAUAUGGAUAUGGUGUGGACGGAUAGGGGCUGUUAAAAUUGAUGGGACUUGGUCCAAAAGUGCAACUGUUUGAUUGCGCCGGCUGGAACUGGGUCAGUGAAUGUUCCCAGUAAGCUACGCAUGGACUUGUCAAUAUAAAGACGAUCAACCAACGCAUCCUUUUGUUGUGGUGGAAAAAUUGUUCCACAUUGUAGCUUGUUGUAAAAACAACCAUCAUUUAUGAGCAUUCAGGCGAGGUAUUUAAACUGGAUCCCAGUUCGUCUAAUUCGGGGAUCCUAUCGACUACGGAUUUGAUUAAUCGCUUUCAAAGACAACCCACUGCUCCCCUGAAAGGGACAAGAUGCCGUUCCACCAUGUGACGGCAGGGCUGCUGUACAAGGGGAACUAUCUGAGUCACUCUCUGUCUGAGGACAACGACUGUGACCAGCUGGCCAGCAUCUCUGUGGAGGAGCUAAAUGAGAUCCGGGAGGCAUUCAGAGUGUUGGACCGGGAUGGGAACGGGUUCAUCUCCAAGCAGGAGCUGGGCAUGGCCAUGAGGUCUCUGGGAUACAUGCCCAGUGAGGUGGAGCUGGCCAUCAUCAUGCAGAGACUAGACAUGGAUGGAGACGGGCAGGUAGACUUCGAUGAGUUCAUGACGAUCCUGGGACCCAAGCUCCUGUCGUCUGAAACCAGGGAGGGCUUCCUGGGGAGCACAAUAGACAGUAUAUUCUGGCAGUUUGACAUGCAGCGCAUCACCCUUGAGGAGCUGAAACACAUCCUGUUCCAUGCCUUCAGAGACCAUCUGACCAUGAAGGACAUCGAGAACAUCAUCAUCAACGAGGAGGAGAGCCUCAAUGAGAACUCGGGACACUGUCAGGCAGACUUUGAAGGAAUCCAUUCUAAAAAUAAGAACCGGCAGACGUGCGUGAGGAAGAGUCUGAUCUGCGCCUUCGCCAUGGCCUUCAUCAUCAGCGUCAUGCUCAUCGCGGCCAAUCAGAUGCUGCGGAACGGCCUGGAGUAGCCACACCCAGCCACGCCCUCUGUGAGCGGGAAAAACUAACCUGCAUGUGCAUGAUGAAAGUGGGUGAGGUCAUUUCCUGUUUCUUUAGAAAGAAAAAAAAACGACUUCAAAAAUGCCUCACUGUUGGUGACAAAAAAACAAAAAACACUGACUGAUAAACCAUCAGAUUUUUCUGAGUGGAUGACAGUCCGACGUCCAUCGACACUGAGAAGCCAGCAUGAGGAGUCCAGCAAGACCCCUCAUAACCCCAUUACUCUGGCAGGGACAUUCAAGGGCUGACUUUCGCUUACUCUGCUGUCUCUGUUCCCUAAUGCAAUAAAGACACAAGUACAGGAGUUCAGUACUCUUCCUCUCUUCCCUACCCAGAGUCUUCAUAUGAAGGUACCUUGGAAUUCAAUUUGAACUUCUUGCCUCAGAACGCAGAAUCAUGGUGGAUUGAGACAUGCCCUCAGUGUAUUUGUAGAAGGCAGCAUCCUUGUGGAUUGAGACAUACCCUCAAUUGGAUCUGUGUGAGAGAGAAUUGAGCUGUGCCUCCUGCAGUGCAGAGAGCCUGAUUAGCUACAGGGCGCACCGCUGCAGUCUGGCUACGCACACACGCUCUUACGCACGCAUCUACGCAUGUACUUCCACACACACACACACACACACACACACACAAUAAUUGGCCUGUUAUUCUAGUUUCCUGAGGGCGGGUGGAAGCCAGCUCACCACUGGAGCAUACAGUAAGGCUCUGGAUGCGACAGGCAUGAUGGUGCCGUCUGCUGUAAGGCUGUUGUUUAAGCUCUUCUAGAAGCUUUCAUCCAGAGUUCCGGAGUGAAAUCGGUGGUUAUUCCUGUGCCCAAAUUCCUCACUGUUACUGUAUCUGUGUACAUUCCCAGUGCUAAACAGAACAGUGUUUGAAAGACCAUAGCUGUGAAAAGUCUGGGCUGUACUGUACCUAUGAUCUAAUUCCUCUUGAGGUAGGUAGGUCUGAACUCCUGUAUUGUAUUGACUCUCAUGGUAAUAUUUAAACCACCUACAGUUUUGCUGAAGACUGCUUGAAAUAGCUACAGUACUGCAUGUGAUCAAGUCUACGUCGAUAUGUAAAUAUGUAUGUAACCCAUGUUGUUGUUGUCUACGUGUAUAGGGUGACGGUGUUCUACUCUGUAUGUGCAUGAUUGUUGGUAGACUCUACUCCUGCAGAUUUAGAGGUGGAGGGAAAGAGAGAGCACUGUGAAACCAGAGGCUGCUGCCUUCCAAAUCACAAUACACAGGCAGGCGGGCAGACAGACAGACACAAAGCUCUCUAUGUUCCCCUCACCCUCUGGCCAAAGCCAUAGAACUCAAUAGAGAUGUACUGACUGAAGAACACUACAUGGUUGUUGUUGUUUUCCGUUACAAAUGUGUAUUUUCAGUAGGAACAGUCCAUCCUUUGUGCAUGCUGUUGGGUUCCUUCACCCACCCUUUUGCGCUGUACAAUCAUUUCCAUCUAUCCCCAGGAACAGAACGGAGAGUAGAAUUACAGACUGGUGUAAGAGCCCCAUCUAGAGGUUGGCUCAAAAAUUCUGAUAUUUUUUGUAACACAAUGUGCUCUCCUGGCUCUGGUACAAAUGCAGCCUGCAAACCUUGGUAAAAACAGUGUGCAGGUGAGGUUGGAAGCCCAAAAGGGAUUAUAUGAAAACAACACCACAAAUAUAAGUACAAAAAUAUAAGUUUGUUCAAUUAGUUAACAAAGCAUAUUAAUUAUAAUUGUACAUGAUCAACUCAGUAUACAAGAAAAGCCAUGUUUGUGUGUGUGUGUGUGUGUGUGUGUGUGUGUGUGUGUGUGUGUGUGUGUGUGUGUGUGUGUGU